AUGUUCACAUUGUGUCGUAUAUCCUUGCCAUUAGUGUUUCAAACUUUCAAUAUUCUGCAACAAUGUUUAUAUAUUCUGUGUCUUACGAUUGAUAAUCGUUUAACACCCAUUGUAAAUGAUUGUUAUACAAGAAUAUCCAUUGGUUCUAAAUUACAAGAUAUGGACAUCGUAUUACGGACUAAUGUUACAAGUUUAACGGAAUGUGAAGAAUAUUGUUUAAAAAAACAUGUUUGCAAUGCAUUUUCAUUCGGUGUUGGUGUGAAAGGUAACAGUACCUGUUUGAUUAGUUCACAGACACCGGUGUUAGAAAAUUUAGAAACUCAUCCGGAAUACGAUGUUUACGCGAGAAAGCGACAAGAUUCAUUAUCGUGUGAUUUUGAUCGUAUAUAUAGAAGUUUUAAUCACAAAAAUGGAAAUCAUCUAAUGAAAAUAAAUAAAUUGAUUAGAAAAGAAUUUAUGAUGAAUAAUGACAAUUCUUUCUCAAAAUUAUUAUCAAAAUCAGUGCCAAUAUUAACACCACAUAAUACACUAUCACUAUUUUCAAGAAACAAAAAUGACAUGGAAAAUUAUGGGCCUAUUGGUACUUAUGAUUUAUUCAUCAAUCAUGAUAAAUAUCCUUUUUCUGAUGAUAAUCGUAGUAUCCUGGAUAUUAUUAAAAACAAAAAUGGAAGAAUCCCAAUCGAUCAUUUCGUUAUGACUUGUCAUCGAAAAGUACAACCUGGCAAGAAAAUGAUGGGAUUAUUCAUUGAACGCAUGAUAAAUUGUGAAAACUUACAAGAUUGUUAUCAGGCAUGUGAUUAUGAAAAGACUUUCGUGUGUAAAGGUUUUAAUCAUAGGAGAAACAAUGCUAAUUCGAAAUGUACGUGCGAACUGACGUCAACACCAUAUUUUUGUAUGGAUAUCGAUGAAGAUUUCUUAAUCGAUUCUCAUUACGAUUAUUAUGAGAAAAUUGAAAAUUGCCCUUCUUCGACGUGGCGUGAUAGUGGUAUAUCCCAUUGGAAAGACCAUAUUAAAAAUUAUAAACAAAAUGAUGAUCAAAAUACACGAUUUGAUCAUGAGGCUAAUAUUCAUCGAGAAACUUAUUCAACUUCUAAUCGCGAAUUAGCUAAUGAUUUUUCCAAUGGACCCUCACGUUCUGGCGAACAAUCUCAUUACGAAGAUGGUUUCAUGUCUCGUUAUCGUGAUUUAAAUUGGAAUCGCAAUUGGAAAAAUUCACAUUCUCGUUAUUCCGAUAUUAUUAAUGACAAUACUUUUCCUAGCUCUCUUAUCAAUUAUGAUAAAGAAUAUUCGGAUAUAAGAUCUUCAGUUUCCUCACGACUCGGGGAACACUUUCCGAUACGAGAACAUUCCAUUCCUAAUGAGGAUGAACAGUUUCGUGGAAAAUUUUACAAUUAUGGAAAUACAUUCGGUUAUAAUGAUAAUUACAUGCCCGCUCAAAGGGAAUCAUAUUAUGAGAAACACGAAAAUUUACAAAUGGCACAAAAAUGUUCAAUUAAAUUUGUUUCCGGUUCAAAAUUAAGCAGAAGUAUUUUACGAAAGACUUGCGUGGCACAUGAUUUGCAACAAUGCGAGGAAUUUUGUAUUAAUGAGACAGAUUUUUCUUGUAAAAGUUUUGCUUACAGAUACAACAUAGUAACUACAAAUCCUACUGAUAAUUGUUUAUUGAGCGAUCAUUCUUAUCGAGAUUUAAAUUUUUAUACGGAUCUUGAACCGAAUCGUGAUUAUGACAGCUAUGGAUUAACGUCAGACACCAAAAUCUGUCAUUUAAAAAAAUCAGCAAAUCGAUAUCCUUCGGAAGAAUGUUUUUCGAGGAUCAGAAGUGGAUUUAGCAUGCCGAUGGACAUUACGAAAAAAUCGCUGUUCGUUCAAGAUUUUGGAGAAUGCCAACUUGCAUGUACUACGUCACAAGAAUUUAUUUGCAGAAGUUUCGUUUUCAAAUAUACAAUGGUUAAUCAGAAGGCAGAUAAUCAUGAACACCUAUCAUCAAACUGUUUCUUAAGUGAUUGGCCGGCAGAAGAAAUAAAUCCUAUCAAUAUGCCAGAUAUGGAUGGUGCUGAAUUAUACGAGAGAAAUAUACUCUCUCAUGGUUGCGAAAUGUAUCCUUUACCAUUAUCAGUUCCAAAUAUGAUUACUCCAUACGGCAAAGAAUUCUCUCCAAUGGAUCAGCUUUGUUAUUCCGAAUAUCAUAGACCAUGUAAAUUAAUGUCUCAUGCAAUAGUAUCUUCAUUACGAGCUGUUACAAAGUCGGAUUGCCUGCAAAAGUGUUCGAUAAUGAGAAAUAGCGGUGUGAUACCUUGUAUGUCAUUCAAUUAUAUUAUCGAUAAUACACAAAAUAAUUGUUUUCUAAGUGAUAUAUCAAUACGAGAUCUAAGACCAAAUUUAGAUUAUAUUCGCGACAAUGAUCACAUGUUAUAUGCAUGGAAAGAGUUUGAUCCAUACUGUGGUUUCAAUAUGAUAAAUGCAACACCAAAAUAUGAAAAACAUGGCGAAUUAUAUCCUAAUUAUCCAAACACUCAAAAGAUAUUAGAUCGUGAAAGAACGCGUACUAAUAGACCGAAUUUUUAUUCUUCUGUUCAAUGGAAAAACAAAUUUAAAGAUGAAAACGAACAAGAUUAUAAACAUAAGUUGUUUAAUGAGAAUAGCAAUCCUCAUUUUGAAUCUGACACUUUAGAACAUGAACAUAGUCUUUUUUACUCAAAUCAAAUUUCUCCAUUUCGUCGUUAUACGGUAAAUGGUUAUCCUUGCAAAAAUGGCACCAUAUGUCAACAAAAUGAAAUCACAGGAUUUUGGUCUUGCGAAACUGAAAAUGAACAUGGUAGUUGGGAUUAUUGUUGCGAACCUAAUCAUCAAUGUGGAUUUUCUCAAGGAUAUCAUUAUCCUUGGUGUCAUGUAGGUUCUAAUGAAGAUCAAUGGAGACCUUGUAGCGAAACAUAUUAUCCUUAUUAUCAUGCAAUGGAUCAUUCAACUUAUCGUCAAUCAAUUGCACGUCAUUGGCCAAUGAUUUAUUUUCAUGAAACAUCACCUCCAAAUUGUUCUACUAAUCAUAUUAAUAUUAAGGAUUCAUAAAAAAUUACAAUAAAAUAUUUUUUAAUAAUAAAAUA